UGUGUGUGUGUGUGUGUGUGUGUGUGUGUGUGUGUGUGUGUGAGAGAGAGAGAGAGAGAGAGAGAGAGAGAGGUGAAGUGGCUCUGCUCCAAAUGGCCGAACCCAGAAAAGUCCCCUUUGUCACUCUCUCGGCCUUCACCGCCGCCGCUCCUCCGGGAUCCGAUGCCAGGAAACGACACUUGGACUCGGACACCGAGCAGAGCCCGAGUCGGGAGCCGGAACACGGAGUUCCUGAAGCGGCCGUUUUGGGUAAAUCUCCAGGGAGCAGCGAGACCGUGAGGAUAAACAUCACCCUGCCGGAGAGCACCGAGCUGAGCUCCCCUGAGUACACCUACAGCGAAUUGCUCCAGGCGAAGACGAACCCCUCAGCCGUCUCACAGCCUCGUUACCCGUUUAACGAUGAGCAGCAGCAGAAACAGGAAGUGAAGCGUCUGGCCAGGAUGUACGAGGACAAAUACGGGUCAGGAGGCAAGAGGAAGCGUAAGGACCGUGUUCAGGAUCUGAUCGAUAUCGGGUUCGGUUACGACGAGAGCGACUCGUUCAUCGACAACUCCGAGGCUUAUGAUGAACUGGUUCCUGCGUCUCUCACCACUAAACUGGGAGGUUUUUACAUCAACACCGGUACUCUACAGUUCCGUAAUGCCUCCGAGUCCGAGAGCGACGAUGCAGAGAGACGCGGCAACAGCAGGGGUGGUGGAGAUUUGGAGGCGAUGAUUAAGAGCAAGAGGAGGAGAGACGAAUUGGAGCAGGAGGAGAAGAAGAUGAAGAUGAUGAAGAAGAAGAAUCGACUGACGAAGACAGCUGUGUGUCGUUCGGAGAAGAAGAGGAGGAAGAAGCUGAUGCUGGCGGCGAUGUUGAGACGCUUCGCACGAGAGAAGAAAGAAAUGCGUGAACUAAACCCUGCUAACACACAACUCCUCCUCCAUAAUGACGUCCUGCUCGGGGACCUGACCUCUGACCCCUCCAUGAUGUCACUGUUCACCUCAGCCAAUGAGAGUGAGCUGCAGGAUCUUCUGAGCGACCUGGACUUUAGUGCUCUGGACGGUGUACCUCAAACCCAGCUCGCAGGAAACGGGCUGGUGUACGUGGAGGCGGGGCCAAGAGUGGUGGGUGGAGCUUGUCUAAAUGUGGGAUCACGGCUCACAUCUCCUCCCCCCCUUCCUGGAAGUCUUCCCGCUCCUCUGGUCAAACGCAUUGAAGAUCUGCGCUUGGCGUCUAGACAGUUUGAUGAGGAGGGACGCAAGAAGUUCUUCACCCUGGACAUGAACAAUAUCUUAUUAGAUAUUGAGCUGCAGGUACAGGAACAGUCUCCCUCUGUUCGCUCUGCUGUUUAUUCUCACCUCGAGGCUUUUGUUCCCUGCAACAAGGAGGCUUUACUGAAACGCCUUAAAAAACUCAGCCUUAACAUCCAGGAUGAUCGUCUCCGUACUCCUCUGCUGAAGCUGAAGUUGGCUGUGUGUAGUGUGAUGCCUGAACAAACUGCCAGAUACAACAUGGACUGCAUGGCUAAAGUAGUAGCCAAGCAGCAGAUGGAAGACGGAGAGAGAAACUGCUCAGAGGAUGAAGACGAGGAGAAACCCGGUAAACGAGUGAUUGGGCCGAGAAAGAAGUUCAUGUGGGACGACAAACUCCGGACUCUGCUGUGUAACCUGGUGCGGGUGAAAUUGAGAUGUUAUGAGCAGGAGAAGAGUUCUCUCUCUGUAGAAGAUUAUCUCAAAGCCUUCAUGGAGACUGAAGUCAAACCACUUUGGCCCAAAGGCUGGAUGCAGGCCAGGAUGCUGUUUAAAGAGAGCCGUACAGUACACGGUCACCUCACAGACCUACCUGUAAAAAUAAAGGAAAUGGGAUUGAGUCUUGGAACAGUGCCAGGUGUAAGCCCCGCCCCUUUCUCCAUGUGCCCGCCCUCAGAGCUGAUCUGCUUGUCUGAUUCGCUGGAUGAAGAUUUGGCCACAAAUUCUCUGGACUCUAUCACUCAGGCUCUGAAACUCCUCAACAAUUCUGCUAACGGUGUAAACGCUAACUCCACCCCCAGCACCUCCUCCUCUUUACCUGCCGUAGCAAAGCCCCACCCACACAGCAUAAGCCCCUCCCCUUCCUCGCAGUCUUCCACAUUGAAAGAUGUCGUUUCAGUACAAAGACAGACCGCGUCACCUGCGAGUAGACUUAGCAACACUUACAUGAACACCAUGCCUACUGCUAAGCCCCGCCCACCCCCGACCACCACACCUCUCCAGAAACCGUUUGGUGUAAUUGGUAUAAAGUCCAGCCAAGCCACGCCUCCUGGGGCUUCGAUCAAAAACCCACAAAACAGACUGUGUGACAGCACACAGCAGCAAAACCUGAACUCUGUAACCCCUAAAGGUUUUACUACGCCCUCUUCAUCAUCACAAUCACCACUCCUCCAGAAGAAGGCCACACCCACUGGACACCCCCAGCAGAGGUUUAUUACACCCAUGCAAGCCACAAUUACCAAGUCUUCCCAGAGUAGCAGUUCUCCAAUAAUCAAACUCACACACCGACCUCCUGCUCAAUCCACACCUCCUGGUCCUACCAACCGACCUACUGCUCAAUCCACACCUCCUGGUCCUACCAACCGACCUUCUGCUCAAUCCACACCUCCUGGUCCUACCACCCGACCUACUGCUCAAUCCACACCUCCUGGUCCUACCAACCGACCUUCUGCUCAAUCCACACCUUCAGGUCCUACCAACCGAUCUUCUGCUCAAUCCACACCUUCAGGUCCUACCAACCGAUUUUCUGCUCAAUCCACACCUCCUGGUCCUUCCAACCGACCUUCUGCGCAAUCCACACCUCCUGGUCCUACCAACCGACUUUCUGCUCAAUCCACACCUCCUGGUCCUUCCAACCGACCUUCUGCUCAAUCCACACCUCCUGGUCCUACCAACCGACUUUCUGCUCAGAAUACACCUGGUCCUACCAACCGACCUUCUGCUCAAAUCACACCUUCUGUUCCUACCAACCGACCUUCUGCUCAAAUCACAACUUCUGCUCAGAUCACAACUUCUGGCUCCAUCCACCGACCUUCUGCUCAGAUCCCACCUUCCAUCUCUGCCCAUCGCCCUCUUGUUCAGACCACACCCCCUGGCCCACCCCUCCGUUCGUCUACUCAGACCACACCUUCUAGCCCCACGUACCAGAUUUCUGUUCAAACUGCACCACCUGCCCACCGCUCCUCUGUUUCUGCUCCCUCCCCCCUUAGCACCGCCCACCACCUUAUUAUAACCACUCCCUCUUCUGCUCCUGGGAAUCGCACUCCUGUUUCAAAUCAGCAAAAUCUUGGCCACACCCAGCGAUCCCCUGCUUCAACACUUCCUUCUUCUGGCUCCACCCACCGUCCUUCAGUUUCCACUCCGCCUUCCCCCAGCUCCCACCGCCCAUCAGUACAGAGUUCAGCUUACCGCCCAUAUGUGCCCAGCCCACCUCCUCAACUCGCUCGCCGCUCUCCAGUGGCCACGCCCCCUGCAGUCUCCUCCCCUGCCCCCUCUUCCUGUCCACUUGUUUCAACUCCCCCCACCCAGUACAACCAUAAGAGUUCAGGAUUUAAACCACCUUUCAGCCCCGCCCCCGUGGCCACGCCCACACACCUCCAACCUCCAGGACUGAACCUCACGUCCACAUCCGUCACAACCAAUCAGAGGCAGAGAGCAGUGGGAGGAGCCAUUCAGAGCAACAAGUCUUCAGCCAAUUGUGCCUCGGCUAUAGGACUGCCCUCUCUGUCUGACUCCGCCCUCCUAAAUCAGGUGUCUCCUGUGCCGUUGGGGUUGGGGAUGUUCGGUGGUCUCGUUCCUGUCUCACUGCCCUUCCAGUUUCCUCUGCUGAACUUUGCCCCCCCUGGUGCAGCCCCACACACCCCCAGCUCAGGAUUCACACUGACACCGAACCUGUUCAAGAGCUUGCAGUCAGGUGUUCAGGCGGCUCUUCCUCCUCACCUGCAGCUCGCUUUCUCAGAGUCGAACCAAAGUCAGGGAGGAGACGUGAAGAGGAAAUGAGACGAGACGUGAUUGAAAUCACUGAACCCCAUCACAGAGCUGUUAUUAAAUAUAUGCCAUUUUCUUA